AUGACUGCUCUCCGGAACCCAAAGGGAACAGCCAUUGCAUCGAGAAGGGGGAUGGAGAAAAUCAUCUACGACUUCUACUCUGAUCUCUUCGACAGCCAUGUCCACUUGCCUCCUCACCAUCUGAGGGAAGAUGGACAAGUCAUUCCAGAGGUUCUCCCGUCCGAAAUACGACAUGCUAUCAUGUCGGUAAGAAAUCGUACUGCACCCGGUCCCGACAGAGUAAGACAAGAACACCUGAAGAGCCUUCCGCCAGUACUCAUCAACACCCUGGCGAGGCUCUUUACACGUUAUCUGUCGGAAUGCAAGGUUCCUAAACCGUGGAAGACCAGCAAGACCGUGUUGUUGUAUAAAAAGGGAGAUCCACAUGACAUCGGCAACUAUCGUCCAAUCUGCUUACUGUCCGUCAUCUACAAGCUCUUUACAAGAGUGAUCUUUAAUAGGAUUGAAAAAGUCUUGGAUGAAGGACACCCAUGCGAGCAAGCAGGGUUUCGAAAAGGAUUCAGCACGAUUGACCACAUUCACACUGUUUCGAAACUCAUCGAGGUAUCACGAGAGUACAAGAUGCCGCUCUGUCUCACCUUCAUCGACUUGAAAAAGACCUUCGACUCAGUUGAGACGGAAGCGGUCCUAGAAGCCUUGGACAACCAAGGCGUCCCUACUCAGUACAUAAAGGUACUUCGAGAGUUGUACAGUAACCUCACGACCGGAAUUUCGCCAUUCUACAAGAACAUCAUCAUUGACGUGAAGAGGGGGAUCCAAAAGAGUGAUACAAUUUCACCCAAAAUAUUCACAACUACCCUCGAGAACGCAAUGCGAAAGUUGGAAUGA